AUGAGGAUCAAAGUUGGAGCUCCAUAUAAUAGGGUUUGCUUUGUUUUAGUAGACAAAUUUACCACUAUAUUUGGAGUGAAACACGUAUUAUCCGAAAUUCUUCAGAUUCCCAUUCAAAAUUUACAUAUAUAUAAAGAGUCAACCGAAUUAAAUGAUCAUAUUGUUUGCCAAAACAACAUAUCCGAAAAUGAUAAUACAAUUAGCUGCACUAUUGCAGAAAAUCCUUCAAAAUCAAAAAUUAAUUUUUUUCAAAAAGAGAAUUUAUCUCAAGUUGAUUUCCUAACAAAUCUUGGGUUCCCAGAAACCCAAGUUACCGAAGCUCUACAAAGAACAAACUUCGACCAACAAAAAGCUUUGUCGAUUUUGUUGAAUACAGCGAGAAUUCUACCUUUAACAACUGAAAAUACCAAUAAUACAGACAGUGAUAAUUCAAGUCAAGCCAAAACAAAUGAAGAAAAACUCAAAAUUUCAGAAAAUUUCGUGAAAAAUCAGAAAAAUAUCUUCAAUAAUAUCAAAUUAAUACCAAGUUUAUCAUUAACAUGGGAUACAUCAUUAAACCAAGACCUUAUUAACGCAUACAAUGAAAAUCGAAAUUCACCUGAAGUUUGGCGAAUUCUACGCGACCAGUUUCCCACAUUUUCCGAUCUAGUUCUUAAGAGAGCCAUUUUUUCGAUGCUUGAUGACAUUAAAAACAAAAGAUCAACAAAUUUUAUAAUUCCUGAUUCAUUAAAACCACAAAAUACCAACCAAGACAAUAUAAUCGACAAGAUACCACAGAAGGCAAUAAAUGUUGGCCUCCUUGUUAAAUAUUUUGUUGAAUUUCAAAGAAAUAUUUCUGAAUUACAAAGAAACAGAUUUCCAGAAUUUUCACAAGGAUAUUUAGCAUUUAUUUUAUAUUUAAUUGUCCAAAAAUUAACAAAUUUGCCAAAUUUAGAAAAUUGGAGUGAAAUUGAACUUCAAAUUUUGACAGAUUACAUGUACAGCAGUAAUAACAGUAUAAGAUUUAUGCAAAGGAUGAUAAAGAUGUUUGGAAAACAGAAAACAGAAGAAAACAUUCAAAAUGCAAAAUCAACAAUUCAUUUUAUUUUAGUUUCACAUCCAAUUUAUGAUAAACUACCUGAAAUUAUACCAGAAACAAUAGAUAUAUCUGAUUUAUCAGUGAAUUCAAAUGGAAUUCCAAUUUAUUUACCUUCUUUUCUUGAUUCUAUUAUUAAAAAUCCAAAAUUGAUGGCAAUAAUUGAUUCUAAAAGACUCAAACAUCCUCCAAUCAAACUGCAAUUUGUUGAUACAACAAUAGAUUACUUGAAAUCAAUUGAUGAAAUGAUAAAUUUCGAAAAACAACAAAUAGAAACAAAUACACAACAACAACAAAAACAAAAACAACCUCCUCAACAAAAACCAUCAGAACCUUUCAUUACACCAAUAAUUUCUUUCACUCCUAAUCAACAAAAACAAUCUACACAAAAUUUACAAACUUUACAAACUUUACAAAAAAUUCAAAAUUCUGAAAAUUUACAAAAAAAUACAAAAGAGAAAAAUUCAGAAAAUUCAGGGAAAGAAAGGAAGCGGCAUAAAGUUAAUAAUAAUGAUGAAGAAUGGACAUUAGAAGAAGAUCAGUUUAUGAUAGAUAUUGUUUCACAAAAUCCGAAAACACCUUUUUCAACAGUUUCUGGAUAUUUAUCAACAAAAUCAAUACAGGAAUGCUAUGAUAGAUUUAAAGAAGUUGUGAAAAGAAUCAUCACUAAUCAAAACCAUGGAUUGAAAUUACCAGCAACAUUCAUGAGUAAUCCUUACGUUGUUUCUGCAGUUAAAUCUAUAAACAAUGUUCCGAAAAAAGAAGAAAAUUCAGAAAGAAUUGACACUGAUCAAAAAUUUCUUGAUCUUUGCAGUCAAUUUUUCAAUGGAGAAGAAGUUGAUGCAGAAAAGAUUGUAGAGAAACAUCUAACAAUGACAGUACACAGUGUUACAUCGCGUUUCGAAGAAUUAUGUUGUGAUAUAAGAUGUGGACAAAAAAGUGACAUAAAAAUUCCAGACAAACUCAAAGAAUUUUUGAAGCCUUUUGAUGGUAAAUUUACAUAUGAAUUCAGUGAACUUCCUAAAGGAGAAAUCAUCAAUGUUGCGAGAUUUCUUGAGUUAUAUACUUAUUAUAAUUAUGAUUUGUACAAAGUCCAAGAAAAUUUUGAGAGAUUUAAUGUUGGAUAUUUAGCGUAUUUAGCAAUUUACAUGAUUGUUAAAUACAACAAGAAAUACGUGAAAAAGCCGACAUAUAGAGAUUGGACACCUUUGGAGGACAGAAUUUUGUUGGAAAUGAUUUAUAACGAUGACAUAAUAAAGAAUUAUCCAAAAUACAAUCCAUCAAAGACUAUGAAAUCAGUUGCAAAUAGAAGAUCUUAUAUUCAAAGAACAACUUCUAAAGUUCAAAUAAUUGGAAAAAUUUUGAGAGCUUGUAAAUCAUUCAAAUUUGAAAAUCCUCCAAAAUUGAAUGCUUAUUUUGUUCCUUCUUAUUUAGAUGAAUUGAUUGACUAUGCAAGAGAAAAAAUAGAUGAUAACGAAGACGCAAAACAAUUACCUUUUAAUGCAGUUUAUACACAAGAAGAAAAUCAAUUAAUUAUUGAUAAAGCUUAUGAAUAUUUUGAUAAUCCGAACAAAUUUGAUAUCAUUUCUGUGUAUUUCCCAGAAAAACCAUCAGGAGAGAUUGCAAAACAUUAUAGAGAUAUCAUGAUGAAAUAUAGAAAUGGGUCAUUGAAAUCAGUAAAUGUUCCUGAACUGUUGCUAAAUGAAUAUGAAGGAAAAACAACAAAUUUCGAAAUUUCAAAGCCAACAAAAGUUAUUCCAAUAGGAAAUCUGAUUACGAAAUACUUCGAAUUCAAUGGAGAUAUGGAUAAACUCCAGGAAUCAUUCAAGGAAUUCACGAAAGGAUAUUUAUUUUACAUUUUAAAUUUCAUUGUCAGAAAAUUUUUGAAAAAAGAAAAUAAUUUUACUUUGCAAGAAGAUAGAUUGUAUUUUGAAGCUUAUUUCACAAAGAAAUCAUUACUUAAGAUGUAUCUUAAAGGAAAAACAGAAAAAGAUGUUGAAAAUCGUACUAAUGAAACAAAAGAAUUGUUAAAUGUUACAAAAAACUCUUUGAUGAAAUUUGUUCAGUUAUUGGCAAAUAAUUCAUUUGAAUCCAAUGAAAUUGAUGAAAAUGAUAUUCCUUUAGCUUUGAAUUUUGCUUUGUCUGAAUUCUUUGAUAUUAUUUCUAAAGAUUUAGAAGGAAUUCAACUUGAAAAAGGUUUCGAUUACCAAAAAUUCAUCAACAUUGUAGGUGAAAACAAGAAAUAUUCUGAUUGUUGGGAAAGAGUACAAAAGAUUUAUAAUGAUUCUUCUUCUAAAACAUUGUCACAGAAAUUCCAAACAAUGAUAGAAAACUACAAACUUGGUAAUCUAAAUGAACUCAAAAUUCCUGAACCUUUAUAUCCAGAAUUUUGUCCAAAUUUGUACAAAAUUCCUCCAAAUCCUAAUUUUUGUUUAGAUAUUUCUGAUGUUUUGAGUAUUUUCUACAAAAACAAUAGUUUUGAUGAAUUAAUAAUUAAAUAUCCUGAUUUAUCACAAGGAUAUUUCACAUUUGUUUUCACAAGAAUGAUGAGAAUAUUUAAUGGAAAAAGAGGAAAAGUUAAAUUCACUGAAAGACAAGAUAGAAUUGUUUUGGAAUUAGCAAACAAUGGAACAAAUCCACAAUACAUUUGUGAUGUUCUUGGAAUGUUUACUAUGGCAGAUAUAAACAAAAGAAAAGUAAUUUUGAAUUCAUGGCUGAUGAAUUUCAUUCAAACAUUUAAAGAGUUUAAUUUGGAAUUUCCUCCUGGCUCAUUCACGAAAUGCAGAUACAAUGAUUUAGGACUUCCUGAUUAUCUAGAUCAAGCUGUUAAAACAUACAGAAUUAAUAAAGCAAAUGGAAAAUAUAGAAAAAGUAAUUCUAAAAAAGUUGAAGAAGAAAGCGAAUCAGAAAGUGAAACACCUUAUUCUUCUUAUUAUUAUUCAACAUCAUCAUCUUCUGAAAAAUCUUCUACUUAUUAUUCAUCUUAUAGUUCUGAACAAGAAGUUUCUCCAACAACUGCUAAAAAGAAUGAUUUCAUUGAAUUACUUAAAAAAAAGUUACCAACAGAAGAUGAAGAUGUUGAUAGUUCAAUUGAAAAGAGAAAGAAAGUUAAUGAAUAUCAAAAUGAUGAUAAUGAUUUGAAGUUUGCAAUUACUUCUCAAAUUAAAAGAGGAAGUGUUAAAUAUUCUGAAGAAGAUUCAUCUGAUGAACCACAAUUAAUUUCAACAAGUUCAGAAGAUAUCUUCAAGAUUAAUAACAGUAAUAAAUCAAUUUCUGUUAAAUAUGAUGAAGAUUCAAACGAAAAUCAUAUUCCAACAGAAGAACAUGAACAUGAAAGUUCGUAUGAAAUGAGUACUCCUGAUGUAGAAGAAAGAGUUUCUUCAGCAUUACAUAUUACGAAACAAACAACUGUUUCUGAAAACCUCGAAAAACAGAAAGAAGAAAGAGAACCUCCUUCAGUUAAUUUCGCAAAAGAAGCUCUCCAACAAUUAGAAAACAAAUCACAAAUACAAGAAUCAACAACAGACAUGACUGAAUCUGAUUACGCAUUCCAAGGAUCAAACGGAGUUUCUGCUGAACCAGAACAAAAUAACUUUUACGAACAAAACAAACAAAAUAUUUUCUAUCAACAAACUAAUACUAAUGAGAAUAAAACAACAACUGAAGAAGAAGAUUCUCAAGAAGAAGAAAAUAAUAAUAAACAAGAUAAGGAUUAUCAAGAAAAAGAAGAAGAAGGGGAAGAAGAAUUUCCAGAAGAAGAAAAUAAUAAAGAUGAAUCACAAGAUGAAUUCCAAGAAGAAGAUGUUGACGAAUAUGAAGAAGAGGAAGAAUACUUUGAAGAAGAAGAUACUUAUGAAUGGAAUACAGAAAGCGAACAAACAUUAUUAGAUUACGUUCAAAUGUCUAAAAACAAGACAACAGUUUUCAGAGAAAUUGCAAAUCAAUAUAGAAUUUCUCCACAAAAACUGAGAGAAAAAUACGAAUCAUUGGUUAAAGCAAUAUUAAACAGAACAAGAACAGAUAUCUAUUUGUUGCCAACUAGUGAAGAAGAAGAGUUUGAAGAAAAGGAAGAAGAAGGAACUAAAUACGAUGUUCCUAAAGAUUCAAUUGAUAUGACAGAGUUUUUGCAUUUGUAUUUAACAAAUAUGAAAGAUAUUGGAUCUGUUCAUACAUUUUAUCCUGAUCUUCCUAAAGGAUAUUUGAUAUUCUUGAUCAUUUGGAUUCUCAGAGAAAUAAGAGAUAAAAACGAUCCACUUGGAACAGGAUGGAACUUCAUGGAAGAACAAAUGAUGCUUCAAAUGUCAACAGAGAAUAAAAAUGAAAAAGAAAUCUCUAAAGAGUUCGAAACAAGAACUCCUGAAGAGAUUAAGCAAAGAUUAAAUGAACUCUAUGACAUUAUUCAUCAAGAAAAUGGUGAAAUACAACAGUUCUUCGAUUUCAUGAAGACGAAAGGUGUUCAGAAAGAAAAGAAAAACGAUUUCAACAACAUUCCGAAAUCUUUACACACAAACAUGAACAAAUACAAGAAAUUCUUGUCCGAAAAAGACUACUACUCUCCAAUUUUAACUCCAAGAAAAGCUGCUUUGCAAAAUAACUCUGAACAAAAGAAACAAAAUCCUCCUGAAAAUAAGAAAGCAAACGUUCCUGAACUUAAAAAAUCAACAUCAUUUGAAUUAAAGAAACAAAAUGUUUCUGAAUCAAAGAAAUUUAAUUCACCUGAACAAAAGAAAUCUCCUGAAUCUAAGAAAUCUCCUUUACUUGAACCAAAGAAAUCCAAUUCACCAGAACCAAAGAAAUCUCCAUCAUCUGAACAAAAGAAUUCUUCAACUCCCGAACCAAAGAAGAGACAGAAUUCACAGGAUAAAAUAAAGUGGACACAAGAAGAUGACCAACAGUUAUUGGCUUGUGGAGCACAAGGAAAACCUGAUUGGGAAAUGGCUGCGAAACUGUUCCCUCAGAUACAACUUCCUGUAGUCAAAGCUAGGUUCUAUUACAUUCAAAGAAAGUACAACAAACUAAAACCAAAAAGUGAUAAAGCAACUGAUUCCGAUGAACCUGAAACAGUAAAUUCUAAUGUUGAAGAAAAAAGGGAAGUUCACUUAGAAAAAGUGCCAAAUGACAAAAUUGUUGAUUUCUCUUUUCUGAUCAAUAUUGCGAAUAUAAGUGUUGUUGAUUCGGGACUAAGAGAAAUGUUCCCUGAAUACCAACUUGGUUAUCUGCUUUAUGUCAUUGAUUUCGUGAAUAGGAAAAUUAUGAAAGUUAAUGAAAAGAUGUGGACUGAAAAGGAGCUAAGAAUAAUGUUUGAGAAGAUAUAUAGAGGUGUUCCUCCUUCUGAUGUCUCUCAGAUGCUGCAAAAUAAGUCACCAAAACAAAUUAUCGAAAGGAAACAAUUGUUCGAGCAAUCUCUAAAGCAAAACAUGAAACUAUUACUAGAAUUUGCUGAUAAGUUCCAGAAUGCACGACCAGAAACACUGGAACUCGAUGAAAAUGAAAUUCCAAUUGAUCUUAAGAACAAAAUCCAGAAAUAUUUAGAGAGUAUCCCAGAAAAUAAGGGAUAA